CAUGCCCUUAGAUCCCCGAGAUAAUUGUGUUUCUCUUAGCAAAACUCUAUUGAUAUAUUCUUUAGAUUUCUCAAUGGCAAGACGAAUACGAACGGGAAUCUUUGAAAAAGGGCAACAGGUAAGGAUGAAAAUGAGUUACAAUAGACCUAUAUAAACAAGCUUUCGUUGGCAGAGAUGCAACUACCUGUAAAAUAUAAGGAGAAUUUCGAAUUCAUUUGAACUUCUCCUUAUAUUUGUCAGGCAGUUGCAUCACUACCAAUGCAAGCUUGUUCAUAUUAUUGGCAUGCACUAUCUACACUGUCACAGACACAGAAUGCAGUUACAAUAGACCUUCCAGUUGAAUAACUCGCUUGCUGAGUUGGCCCAGAUAUCAUGAUAAUGCAGAAAUGGAAUGUAACAAAACUUUCAAGCAUUUUAAUUGUAUUUGCGCGAAUUUGAUACUUCGUGAAAGAAUGCACAGUUGUUAGUUGUUAGUUGUUGUCAUUUAAUGCUUGACUAACUGUAUAUGUUGGCCUUUCUUUCUGAAGUGGCGCGGACGGUAUUCUUGCUCAAGCCAGAGAUUGGGAGAUGAAAGGCGAACAUUCUCGUGCAAUUGACAUGUACCUCAAGGUCACUCCAAAUAGUUCAGACAAUACAGAUGCCAUGGCUAAUGCUUGGGAGAAGGUAUGGUAUCAUUAAGGCAAUUCCAAUUCCAUAUUGAAAUAUGAAUCUUUUCAUAAGUAAAGGUGCUCAUCGGGCCGUCAAGACCCAACGAGUAAUAAAAGCUUUUGCAGUUUUGCUAUCCCCCAGUAGAAGCUGUAUUCAUAUAAGGCGAGUCAACUCGCAGACAGCAAAGACAAGCAUUUAUAUAUAAGACAGACAAAGUCAGAAAACGAGAUCGAUUAUCCCUUCUGCGCUUACUAGAUUGCCUUAAUUUUUAUGUUAGCCUGCACGCGGGCUAUUUUUAUGUUAAAUGAAUUAAUGAAAGUCAAAACCAAAAAUCAUUAGUGGGACAUGAAAAUUGUCCACUCAUGCCUUUCUGGUUAUUUCGAAUCAUAAAACCAUGCUGUUCAAUUGUUUAGGCUGUAGAACUGGCAAUGAAGUUUGUUCCCAGUAGAGCCGAAGAUGUAACUAUGGUUGCUUGUGAACGGUUGGCUGAAAUUAAAUAUUACUCACAGGUAAUCAUGAGACUUUGUUUUGUUCUUCAGUAAAUUUCCUUUACGUCAAAUGACAGGCGAGCAACGACAGAAGAUAGUUUUAUUGCUUGUUAUUACGUUUAUAGUCGGCAGAGCUGUAUCUGGGCAUUGAAAUGGUUAAGGAAGCUAUUGAUAUGUUUAUUGAAGGCGAACUGUGGACCAAGGCAAAGAAAUGCGCUGCCGAUAUGGCGCCAAAGUAUGUUUAUAUUGCAACUUAUAACUCCUUGAAAUGAAGAUAAUGGGUUAUUUAUUGUCAACUACACAGAGCAGGGCUCAUUAAUAUAUUUUAUAAACGGUCAGUUUUUGAUAAGAGAGGAAAACCAAGGACUCGGUGAAAACUCUCGAAGCACAGGAGAGAACUCACCAAACUUUACUUACACGAGUUUUCAAGCCCAGGGAAGUUACCCAACCUAAGUAAGUGCCUGCUCUCAAUCUACAAUUUUUGCAGAUUUACUUCAGCGGGAAGGGGCUAACUGCAUUUGCCAACCGUGCUUCCCAAUUUGUUGGAUUGAUUGGUUAACUUACUGAAUGAUCGAUUAAUUUAUUUCAAUGAUCUGUAAAUGAUCGACUGACUCAUUGAUGGGUAUUAAUUGAUUGCCUCAAUUGAUUAAAUCAUCGGUUACAUGAUUAUUUUAAUGAUUGAUUAGCUAAUUCAUUGAUUGAUUGUAUGAUUAAUUAAUUAAUUGUAUAUUCUAAUUGAUGGAUUGGUUGACUAAUUGGUGGCAGCUUGCAAUGAACUCUACUUCAUUACUAACAUUCGCAUUCUUGUUAGUUUGGAGGGCUAUGUAGAAGAAAGAUAUGUUGCAUUCUUGAAGCAAAAAGGCAAAGCAGAUCAGGUAAUUACUUUUUCUACAUCUCAGUAAAGCCGGGUUUCAAGAUAUUUCUUGGCACUACAGGUGUCUUGAUUUCAACAUAUUUUUAACCAAUAUUAGUCAAAAAGCGAAUGAUGGUUCGUAUUUGAAAUUCUGACUUAAUUAAGUAUGUAACUGUAUGUAUUUGUGUAGCUUGUGGACGUGGAUGUUAUCGCUGGUCUUGAUAUGAUGAUUCAGCGUGGCGAGUGGGCAAAAUGUAUUCAGACAGCAGAACAACAGGUAUUAAAGGAAUACCGAAUGGUUUUCCGUGCAGGAUUGCGUGAUCCAUGCACGAGGGAUGUCGCGAGACUUUCGGAAAGCGUAAAAUACAUUAACAUAUACCUGAUUAACCAAUCAGAUGCGGUAGUGGUCAAGUCUGAACGUCCCUGGUGUCAACACAACUAACGGACUAUACAGAAUGAUGUAGAUCGUUGUGACAAAUAAUCUUUUUCGAGAACUAUCUUCUCUCUGUCCCAGAUCGUCCAAACAUUCUCGAAUAUUUAACAGUUAUUCCACGAACUCGAGUCGAAUAUGAGCUGAUAGCCGAUGAGAAUAACUGUUUUAUUAUAUACACAAGGUCUGAAUUCACAGACUUUGCUUUUCGGAAAUUUUCAAUAUUUUCCUGUUUUGUUUAUGUUUUUAUCUUCGCUCUUUCGGCCGAUUAUUUUUUCAAAAAUAUAUUCUUUUAACCAUUUUAAAUUUUAAAAAUUCAUUUGCUAACCUGUAAACAAUUUUGGGAGUUUUUUCAUUGUGUUUUUAAUCCUGUAAAGGCUAUAAAAAGCGAACAACUUGCCGUUUUCUCAUUCGCAAACGUCGGAAAUUCAGUUUCAGCCGCCAUUUUGUUUUUCGCUACUAGCAGGAUAUGAGCUAAUAUCCUGCUAGUAGAGAACCAAUCAGAUUGCAGAAUACCUCAUAUCCAGACCUUGUGUAUAUAAUAAAAAUCAUUAACCUUUCUCGUUCCAUAUUUGUAGGGUAACGAGGUACUCAGUAAAUAUGUGGCUCAAUACGCGGCACAUUUGAUUAAAGAAAAUAAUACCAUGAAAGCUUUGGAGUUGUUUCUUAAACAUGGCGCACCUCCAAUAUCUCAGGUAUGUCAUCCAAUACAAUCCUACAGCAUGUAUUGUGUAAUUAUAGGGACAAACAUGCAGUUUAGUGCUGAAGCUUUUUUAGAUAGAAAUUUCAAGUGAAAAUUGUGUACAUUUUUAAGGCCCAUUUUCAUUCAAGAAAAUUUUUCACGGACAGAAAAUUUUUCGAAAAUUUUCUGGACUAGUAUUCCAAAGGUCGUAGGUUCUAUUCCCACCGUGGCCGGGCAUAUUUUUCAGGCUCGCCCGGUGUGGAUAUACACUCAGAGUAACAUCACAAACAUCAUAUUCACCUGAGUACUUGUACAACACCAACACAGAAAGAAUCCUUAUUAAAAGUUGCAAACUUUUACAAACUUCAAAAUUUUUUUCCCUUUCCGACGGAAAAUUUGUGUCGACCAAUCACAUUUUACAAAGUUUUCUUUCCGUGGAAAAUUUUCCUGAGUGGAAAUUGGCCUUUAGACAUAAGCAGGAGCAGUUGUGAAAAAUGCAACUCUUGGUCCUCUGGUAGGAAUCGAACCUACGGCACUGCGAUUCCGGUGCAGCGCUCUAACCAACUGAGCUAUAAAGGCCAGUUGUCUAGCAUUAGUUAAUCACAUGUGAAGCCAGUGUAAGGUACUAUAUAUGGGUAAAUGUCAGAAUUUGGGCAUAUCCGCGGAUUUGGACAAGUUUUGCAGUGGGAGACCACUUCAUACUGAGAUUUCUGUUUUAUACUUAUAAAACCUAAAUUUUAGAAUUUCAACAUUUACAAACGUAUUGUAUACGAGAUGGUUUCCAUGGACGGAAUGAGUUCUCCUGACAGUUAUAAACUUUGGGCAGACAUGCGAGACGUGCUUUAUGAAGUGGUAAGCUACAUAAUUAUAUACUAAGUAAUAUCUGUGGCAACCAUGCACGGGUUAAAAAUGGUGGGUUUCACCAAGCACUGUUGUGCAGCAGAUAUACUGGCUAAUCGGGGGGGUGUUAUUAGAGUGAGAAAAUUAUAUAAAUUUUCUCAUAUGUUGCAGACUUGUAUUUCGUCGCAAAUAGAAAUGAAUUUCUCCCAAGGCCGGAUUUUGGUGGAAAUAGUGGGGGAGGUGGCAAAAAAUGUAGGGGAGGUGCAGCCCUUAAAACGGGCCAAAGUCUACGACGUGACGUAUGCAUGUAGUGUACAUAUGUAUCAAUGUAUUAAUGAAUUAUGACUGUACAACUCAUCCAAUUUUGCCCUUCAUUACAAUUACUACAAAGUUCCUUUCAAAACAAUGCAUUAAAAGGGUAUUUGAUACAGAAAUGAAUGGCUAUCACUGUUUCAAUUUUACAGAAAAAGCUUCUUACGGAGUGUAGACCCUAAGCAACCAAAAAAUGUCAAAUUUUCACUUUGAUCUAUCAUUGAAACUUUCCCAAAGGGAGGUGCAAAAAUUCUGAGGGCAGGUGCGCACCUCCCCACACCUCUCCUCAAAAUUCGGCCAUGAUUUCUCCUACAAAUUUCAACAAUUGCCCACCAUAUGACGUUUCAACACGAACGUCGUUGGGCGGUAUUUUGCAUCAUAGCGUUCGUGUAAGGAUGAAAAAAAACAACUUUUAAAAAUGACAAAAGCAGACACAAACACAUGCAGUUUUUAAUCCAGUACCCCAGCGGCAAUCGGACCGCGUUGACAAGAACGUCGCUUACUUAAGCUCCCAGUAAUACUGAAAUGUGAAAUCUACCAUGUAAUUGGUUUCAGAAAUUAAACUAUAAGAUAAUCUAAAAUAUUUUUUUCGUAGACUGAAGGUUUAAAUAAGACCAAGAACGCAGGAUCAGCAGUCUUGAAAGAAUUUGAAGACAUGUUGUUAGUGUGUCAUUAUUAUGCCAACCGCGCAGCUUGUUUACAACAGGACUCUUUGGUAUGAAUUAUUGAAUUGUUCAUAUACUGUAUAUACAGCCAAUUUAAAAAAGAUUGUCCUUUGCAAACCUUAACCUUUAAACCUUAAACUCUAAGCGCGCAAAGCUUAAUUGAAGCGCAAGUUUCGAGCGCAAGUAGUUGAAUAUUGCAGCUAUUUGUGAAUGAAUUGUUCUCGUAAGGAGAUAUUUACCAUAUCUCUAAGAAAUGGACCCCAUAUAUGAUUUCUAAACUGAUUAAAUGAUGCUCCGGAUCUCAUUAUGCUUUGCACGCUUAGAGUUUUUAAACUCUAAGCGUGCAAAGCAUAAUGGGAGCAUCAUUUAAACAGUUUAAAAGGUUUAAGGUUUAGAGUUUAACUAUAGGUUUGCAAAGUACAAUAUUUUUUGAAUUAGCUGUAUUUGUAAUAUUGUGCCAGAACAAUGACUCUAUUGUGCAAGGCAAUAUUUUAUUGUCCAAAAUAUUUACUAUAUAUUUUUAUUUCUGUUGUUAGUAGUUGUGUUGUGUUGCGUUGCGUUGCGUUGCGUUGCAUUGCGUUGCGCUGUGUUGUGUUCCAUUGUAUUCUAUUGUAUUUUAUCUGUGAUUUUAUUCUGUUCUAUUGUUAUGUUCUUUUUCACCAGGAUUCAAUCGCAGCUCAAAUCAGCGUAUCGUUGCUACGUCAUACUGACAUCAUACCAUGUGACAAAGGUUUCUACGAGGCAGGAAUGGCAGCAAAGGUAAAACUCGAUUGAAAUUCGAACGCUUGAUUGCACAAUAGGAGUUUUAAGGUGUGUGAGAAUGUAAACCUCUUUCAAAGACGGAAUUUUAAUUUGAAAACCGUUCUGUCAAAGUUUAAUACUGUGAUCACACAAACAUCUACAGUGUAAACAAGCAUUACGGCUCUUUUUCACAUGGAAAAGAGCCUUUAUUAAAUGUAAAUCAUUACGUGUAAUUCUAUUUUUGAUACAGAAUGCCGGAAUGGAAAACAUGGCCUUCGUAUUCUUGAAUCGUUAUUUGGAUAUAAGUGAGGUAGGAGGAUAUUGUGGCAAUGAAGAUAUUUCAGUCUAUAUUGACUAUGUACUGACAUUUUUCGAACUGCUCUUUGUCUGAUUAUUAUGUCACCAAUUGGUGUAUUGGUUUAGCAGAGUUACUGUAAGUGGUUUCAGUAAGCUUGAUAAGGUAACAGAGCAACAGUAAUCAACUUCAGAACUAUUGAUUUGACACGCAAAAAUCUCACAUCUUGUAGCAAGUCUGCCAACAAGCCGUCAACAAUUUGUCUUCGCACUGCUUGUCCCAAGUUGUCAACAAGUUUGGAACGAACUGUAAACAACUUGGAACAAUCUUGUUGAUAUUAUCAGACUUGUUGCAAGGUUGUUCCAACAAGUCCGAUACAGUCAUUACAUAACAAUAUUGUUACAACCUUGUGUCAUCAACCUUGUAACGUUGUCAUCAACCUUGUUAUAUCAUGACUGUAUCAGACUUAUUAGAACAACCUUGUAACAAGUCUGAUAAUGCCAUCAAGCUUGUUACAAGUUGUUAACAGCUUGUUCCAAACUUGUUCCAACAACUGGGAACAAGCAGUGCGAACACAACUUGUUGACAGCUUGUGAUCAGAUUUGUAACAACUUGUUUGCAGACCUGUAACAACUUGUGCGUUUUUACGUGUGUAAACAACAUCUCUCAAUUUUAAUUUUUUCUCCACGUAAGUCUUCUCCCUCCAAGUCAAGAUUAUUUUGUUGCUCUGUGUGCUGAAAUUUAUUACUUUCAAUGAAAUAUGUUUUAGGGUAUCGAAGAAGGAAGUUUGGAGUAUCUUGAUAACACAGAUUUCAUGGAUACUGAUAUUCCAUUUGAAGUUCCCGUGCCUGAGAGACAAUAUUUGGCUGUAAGUUAUCCGACACACUUCGAUCAAUCAUAAACAAAUUUCAGGAAAAUCACGUUUAAACAACAUUUCCUUGUAUUUUAUUAGUAUUUAAUAUGUGAACUGUUGUUCUCUGCCUACUUUAGGAAGACAAACGAGAAGAAGUAAAAGAAUGGGUGCUGGCUGUGUCUAUGGAUCAAAAGGUCCGAUAAAAGAUUACAUGUUGGGGUUGAAGUAACACCGCGGAAAAACGUCUGCGCAUGCGUCAACCUUACCUGUAAUAGUAUUGCGAACUUGAUGAGAAGCUGUUCCGAACGUUUCCGAAGGCUCAAAAUUGCGGUAAAAAGGAGUGACUUCAUUGUGCGUCUUUACAGCCAGAUUUCGAGCGCAAAAAUAAACAUGUCAUUCUAAAAACUAGGAAUAAAUACAGCCAGAAGGUUCAAGAAAUUGUAUUGUACAAGAACAUGAACUAAAGCUGAUUGUUGACAAAUUUAUCGUCUGAAACAUUUUGUUUCUUAACAAAGCAACGAGAAUUUCCGAAUUUUCGUUUGAGAUACAUUUUUUUUAAAAAAACUGUGUCGCCAAAUAUAAAAAAUUUUCGUGUUCACAAUAAUUAAACUUUAGGAUUUAUUCUACAAUUUGAGUGGGUUAAGAAGCUUAACUUUUCGAGAGUUUUCUUAACUUUUGAGUUUGAAUUUUUGUUUUGAAUAAUUUUGCAAAAAUUUUCGAAGUCGUGUCCGUUAAAAUCAACAAUUUUUUACAUGAAUUAUAUUUCAUUCCAUACUUUAAAUGCCAGGACGCUUUCAAUUAAUGUCUAGUCUACCCAUUUUCUAUAUUUUCUCGUUUAUUUUACUAAUUUUUGACCAAUUAAUAAGCAUGUUUUUGUUUUAGAAAUUGAUAUUCAAAUUCCCCGCCAUAUUUUCAUAAUUUGGUGCAUGCGCAGACGUUUUUCCGCGGUGUUGGUUGAAGUACCUUCUCUACUGAUUAUGAUAGCUAUUUAUGAUUUGCUCUGCUUUGCUUUGCUUUGCUUUACUUGCCUUGCCUUGCUUUACAGAACAGGACAGAACAGAACGGAACGGAACAGAACAGAACAGAACAGAACAGAACAGAACAGAACAGAACAGAACAGAACAGAACAGAACAGAACAGAACAGAACAGAACUAAUGCUUCCUAGAAAUCAUACCCUAGAAUCAUAUACCAAAUUUCUAAUAAUUUUCCAAGGUUGAACAAGUUCUUCCAGUGGAUGAACGCGGUACAUAUGCCGCAUCUCUGGUCGCACCAAGCACAAACAUCACUUCUCUACCCUGCGUGAUCACAGGUAAGUACAGUAUAAGAUAUAACUCCACACUGAUCUCGCUGGAAAGUAAAGUAAAUUUAGUAAGCCUGAUGACUGUCUUUCCUUCUUGAGUUCUGUCUUUCCUUCUGAACCACCGUGCGCUUAACCGAUGCAAACACCUGACGAAUUUUUCUUCUUAAGGUUAUCCUGUCUUACGAAAUAAGAUCGAUUUCAAGAGACCUGGCAGAGCUGCUAACAAAGACGGCUGGAAUAAAUUUGUCAUGGCAACGAAAGUAAGGGAUUUUUUAUGUCAUGUAAGGAGCAAUGAACUGUCAUGUUGAUAAAUCUCAUGACAUACUGUGAUCACCUCUAGCCUUCUGUUCAUUAUUCUACUCAUUGAUUCUGUCUGCUGCAUGCUCGCUUUAUGAUACAACGUGACGUCAAAAAUGACAUUUGUUGCCCACAGUUAUUGCUUCUUGAAAUGUGUUGUGGCAGUGCCAACUGAUCACAUUCAUGGCCAUUACUGACCAAUGUCAAGUGCAAAAUAAUUUUGCAACCUACCUAGUACCUUUUCUUUGGACAUGAAACAUAGAAAUAAUUCAUAUUUAUUAUUCCUAUGACAUGAAACCCGGAACCACGGGAUAUGUCUUGUUGAGCAAUAGUGCAUGCUGCAUGUGAGACUGGUUUGCUUGGUCCUACAAUUCCUGUUCGCAAAAAUCUCACAUCUUGUAGCAAGUCUACCAACAAGCCGUCCCAAGUUGUCAGCAAGUUUUGAACAAGCUGUUAACAACUUGUAACAACCUUGUUGAUAUUAUCAGACUUGUUGCAAGGUUGUUCAACAAGUCCGAUGCAGUCAUGAUAUAGCAAUAUUGUUACAACCUUAUGUCAUCAACCUUGUAACGUUCUUGUUAUAUCAUGACUGUAUCAGACUUCUUAGAACAACCUUGUGACAAGUCUGAUAAUGCCAUCAAGCUUGUUACAAGUUGUUAACAGCUUGUUCCAAACUUGUUACAACAACUGGGAACAAGCAGUGCGAACACAACUUGUCGACAGCUUGUGAACAGAUUUGUAACAACUUGUUUGCAAACGUGUAACAACUUGUGCGUUUUUACGUGUGUAAUACGAUCUCCUGACAUUUUUUUGUCGUCUGUAGGUGUCUCACAGUCCUGAAUGUCAAGAUGUUCUGCGUUUUCUGGGUCAAUACUGUGGCGUUCCGCAAAACCCUUCCUUCUCAUUUGGUUAAGAAUUUCCUCUUUUCCUGAAGACCAUCAUUUUGAUCUUGAUUUAUUUAUUUGUAAAUACUAAAUAAUAUAUAGCAUACAUAACUCGUGUACGAACGUUCUGCUGCAUCAAGGCGCACGGACUAAAGGGCUAUGUAAAGAAGUUUUAAAUUAUAAAAUAAUUGUAAUUCGUAGUCGCAUGCUUGAAAAAAACGGUGUCGAUGUUGAAAACUGUACUCGACAUCAGUUCAUAAAGUGAUACACGAAACAGGCAUGCAAAUUAGUGCAUUGGACAUUGUCUGGCCAAAUUUUUGCAUGAUCAGACAUCUGACCGAUUUAGGUUGGUCGAAUGUCCAAUCUCAAAAAAUUGAUUUUGAACACAAUUUCAUCAAUGAAACCAAAGCAAUAUAAACGACACUCUUCCAUUAUUACUUGGCUGCAUUAAACCGUAAGAUUUAAUUACAAAUAUAAAUAGUCUUCUUAUAACAUGGUAGAAAUUUAUGUAUAACCUGAACCAUAAUUUACUGAAAAUGUAGUAGGACUGCAUGGUAGAUUUAUACUCAGUUUUAGAUGCACUGCGGUGCGCAAAUCAUCAUGACCAUCCGAAAUACAUCAUCAUGCUAAUAUGAAAAACAGCAUGAAACAUUUCCCUCCGUCCAUUGUCCGAGAAAAACUGAUAAAUGUUCGUCCACUUUUUGUGUUGAUUGGACAUCUGUCCUUCUAAGGAAAAUAAUUAUUUGCAGGCCUGCAAAGUGAGAUUAGAAACCAACCCCAUUA